AUGACAGAACCAAAGAUAUUAAAGAUAGACUUACAUACUCAUAUCUUACCAAAGAAUUGGCCUGAUUUGAAAGAAAAGUAUGGGUAUGGAGGAUGGGUAUCUCUAGAUCAUCACUGUCCGUGUAAAGCACGUAUGGAGAUUGAUGGAAAGUUCUUUAGAGAGAUAGACUCUAAUUGUUGGGACCCAGAACAGAGAAUUAAAGAAGCUGAUCGUGACCAAUGCGACAUUCAGGUGCUCUCGACUGUACCCGUUAUGUUUAGUUACUGGGCAAAGCCAGCUGAUGCAUUGGACUUGUCACAGUACUUGAACGAUCAUAUUGCACAGGUUGUAAGCGAGAACCCAAAGAGAUUCGUUGGUUUGGGUACACUACCUCUACAAGACCCAGAGGCUAGUGUCUUGGAGCUACGUAGAUGUGUGCAAGAGUUGGGAUUGGCAGGCGUACAAAUCGGUUCCAACGUCAAUGGAAAGAAUCUCGACGAUGCAUCGUUGUUCCCCGUAUUUGAAGAGGCAGCUCGUAUCGGAGCUGCCGUAUUCAUUCAUCCAUGGGAGAUGGCAGGUCGUGACCGUAUGGGCAAGUAUUGGAUGCCUUGGCUCGUCGGUAUGCCCGCCGAGACCUGUCUAGCCAUGUGCUCGAUGAUAUUUGGUGGUGUCUUUGAGAAGCUGCCCACUCUCAAGGUCUGCUUUGCACACGGUGGUGGGUCGUUCCCCUUCACCAUCGGACGUAUCGAACACGGGUUCAACGCACGUCCCGAUUUGUGCGCCGUCGAUAAUCCCGUCAACCCCAGAGACUAUAUCGGUCGUUUCUGGGUAGACUCACUCGUACAUGACCCCGAAGCACUCAAAUUCCUUGUAAAGUUGAUGGGUGAAUCUAAAGUUGCCCUUGGUACUGAUUAUCCUUUUCCUCUUGGAGAGUUGGUUCCAGGAGAACUUAUUGAAUCGAUAAAAGAGUUUAGUCAAGACACCAAGAGAAGGUUGUUGGGAGAGAAUGCAUUGGAAUUUUUGGGUUUGACAAAGGAUAGAUUCCUUUAA